GAAGAAUUCCCCCUUGCAUCACUACGAAGAGUUGAUGUCACUUUCCGUGAAGGAGAUGGAUAUAAAGAGACCCCGGUGGUUCAUCCUUCACAAUCCACCUGUCUCUGCUGAGUCCUGAACCUCCUAGUCCUCUCGCUUUGCCUGGAAGACCAAGACAGCACCAGUGACCUUGUGAAGCCACAAGAGAAGAGAUGAAAGCCACCAUGUUCAGCCUCAUCAAAGUCCUGCUGCUCCUGAGCCUGCUGGCAUCGCUCUCCAGCGCCCAGAGACCUCAGACGAGCCGUUGUCUCUGUUCACGCUUCCAAAGAUAUAGCGGAGAUGCACAAAGAUUCGACAUCUACAAUCCAUACGCUUUCUGUGACAAACUGGAGAUUGUUGUGACUAGGAAGGAUGGUGAGAAGUUCUGUGUGAAUCCCAACUCCAAAGGCGGUCGCUACCUUCAAAAGAAGAAGGCUACAACUUAAGCUCUACAACCCCCCCUGAGCAGUGGCGCCACCAUGGGGUGGCGAGGGGUGCCUACUGCCACCCCAAAAUCAUUCUUUGCCACCCCAUUUGCCACCCCUAAGACAAUUUUUAUUAUGCAUAUUUAUUUUAAAUAUAUAAUGUAGUCUAUAUUUUUUUGAAUUCACAAUAGUUCGUAAUGUGAAAACGAGCAGUAAAUGCAGUAAAUGCGCUGCGUAGCGGUUAUCAAUGAAGUACGACCCCUACCCUAAGAUUUGCUGUGGCCCCCAUUGGCCACCGCUGGAAUAAUCUUCUGGAGGCGCCACUGCCCCUGAGUGAAGAAUAGGCUACAACUCAAGCUCUACAACCCCCCCUGAGUGAAGAAUAGGCUACAACUCAAGCUCUACAACCACCUCUGAGUGAAGAAUAGGCUACAACUCAAGCUCUACAAGCCCCCCUGAGUGAAGAAUAAGGCUACAACUCAAGCUCUACAACCACCUCUGAGUGAAGAAUAGGCUACAAGUCAAGCUCUACAACCCCCCCUGAGUGAAGAAUAAGUCUACAACUCAAGCUCUACAACCCCCCCUGAGUGAAGAAUAAGGCUACAACUCAAGCUCUACAACCCCCCCUGAGUGAAGAAUAAGGCUACAACUCAAGCUCUACAACCCCCCCUGAGUGAAGAAUAAGGCUACAACUCAAGCUCUACAACCCCCCCUGAGUGAAGAAUAAGGCUACAACUCCUAGGUCUACAACCACUUCUGAGUGAGGAAUAGGCUACAACUCCUAGCUCUACAACCCCCUCUGAGUGAGGAAUAGGCUACAACUCCUAGCUCUACAACCCCCUCUGAGUGAGGAAUAGGCUACAACUCCUAGCUCUACAACCACCUCUGAGUGAGGAAUAGUUUACAACUCCUAGGUCUACAACCCCAGCAGCUAUGUCUGAGUGAAGCCUCAACAGAGGUUUAAUCCACACAACCACGCCACUGAAGAAUACAAUGUCAAAGCACAAGGGUUACUUCUUUUUUUUUAUAAUAAUAAUAAUAUUAUUAUUAUUAUUAAACAAUAAUAUUUGUGUAGCACUUUUCGAAACAGGAUUACAAAGUGAACAGAACAGAAUAAAACAUUAUUAAUUAUGUAAUUUACCAUUACAUUUACAUUUAGGGCACUUAGCAGACGCUUUUAUCCAAAGCGACUUACAAUAAGUACAUUUGUCAUAAGAAGUGCAUCAAUAUAUCACUGUUGGUACAGAAAGGAUGUUUAUAGAACCAAGGGCAAGUACAACAAUCGCUAGGCUAAUCAAUUCCCCGUGUUACAGCCAUGAUAGCAGCUACUGCAGUGAUAGCAGCUGUAUUAUACUUAUGUAUUAUAUACUUAUGUAUUAUACUUAAGCUAUUUUGUUCUAUGAUGUCUUAGGCCUAGUCUACUCCAUGUCUUUUUUUAUAUUGUGCAUUGUGUGUAUAUAAUGUGUUGUACUAUAGUCCUACUUUGAUCUCUAAUGUAUAAUAAAAUGAUUAAUACAUAA